AUGCACGAGCCUCAACCUUCUGGUAUCUACGUUGCACCUCUACGAAUCCGCAAAAGUAGUGAUGACGACGAGGACGACGAUGGGGAAGACCACAGGCCGUCCGUCAAAAUGGAAGAUUCGGGGUUGGCCAACACGAAUCCACGUCCGACGUCUAUAGAAUCCCUCGCGGAUAUGGCCUCCUCCCGCGCAAGAUUCCACAACUAUCUGCGCGCCCUCUAUCCCUUCCAGCCCUCUUCUCCUCAUUCCUCCACCACGGUCACACUACCUCUCAAUGCUGGAGACAUCAUUCUGGUACACUCUGUGCAUAUCAAUGGCUGGGCGGAUGGGACACUGCUGGAGACAGGAGCACGCGGGUGGCUGCCGACCAACUACUGCGAGGGUUACGAUUAUGCUGCGAUGCGGCCACUCCUCAAGGCGUUGACCGAAUUCUGGGAUCUCGUCCGCUGCGCGAGCGAUUCAAACCUGAGUCUUUUCCGCAAUCAGGACUAUAUGAGAGGCCUGGUCGCGGGUGUCCGCGCCUUGUUGGAACGCUCAAAUUGUCUGACCCGGGACUGUUCACUGGUCAAGAAGCACGAUGCCAUACGCAGGACGCGUAAAAACCUCCUCUCUGAUCUCGCUCUUCUUGUGCGUGCAGCAAAAGAACUCCAACAGGUAGUGAUGGGCCAUGCCGCCAGCAAGGACACGCUUGACAUCCGGCUGGAUGACAUGCUCUUAAAAGCGUUCCGAAUUGUCACUCGCGCCGUCUUGUUUUACGACGUCUGGACCGAGCAAGCCGAUGCGUCCCCGGGUGCUGCUACAAGACCUCCCGACUCUUCCUCGGAAUCCAUUGCGAUUAUGCAAUCUCAGCGCUCUGCCAAAUCACAAGCCACUGUCCGACGUGAAGCUUCUACAUCUGUUACGGCGAAAGCUUCAGGCACCACCGUCUUGUCGAAACGUAGCAGCCACAGUUCCACAGGUAAUCCUACCCACAUGCGACGACACUCAUCCAUCACACAUCGCAUGUCGUACAGUCGUGGCACGAGCCAGAAGAAUUCCAACCUAAUAUCCGAAUUUCUCAAUCGCUCUUACGACGAGUUUCUGACUGUCCUGGCCUCGUUCUUGGGGUCUCACAUGCAAUCCAGGUCAUCAUCUGAGUUGUUGCUUACCACACAAAACGCUGUUCGAGCUUGUCGGCAGCUUUUUGCAGUGGUCGAAACAGUCAUUGACCGAGACUACAGCACCUCUCGGCCACUGGUUCAAGCCAAAGAUUCCAUGUACGAUGCGAUCACUGAACUGGUCCACGCUGCUCGUCAGGUUUUCAAGCCCAUUCGCUCGAUGGAUGACGACUUGAUCUAUUCUCCCGAUGAGGCGCACAGUCUAGUCCAGGCUGCCACGGCCUGCGUCAGUGCUGCAGGACGAUGCGUCACUAGAACAAAAGCGACCUUGGAAGAAAUAGGAGAUUUUGAGAUCGAGAAUUUGAGUUACCUUUUGGGGAGAAGUUCGGGUGGCUCCAGCACACCAGAACCAACAAACUUCGAACCUCCGCCUUCAGAACGUCUCACAACUUCAUCGGCGAUGACGUCGGCUAUAGCUGACCGCACGGAAAGAUUAGAGGAGCGCCCUCGCAUCGUCGUCAAUCAGGGCCUCCUGACUCCACCUCUUUCCAUUACCCCUGCCGAAUCUCCUUCCACGGCAUCUGGUAGCGUUCCUCCUACACCGAAAGACGACGUGGUGGCAGAGAUCAUUCGCUCCUCGCCGUUGCACUCCGCCCCAUUUGCUCAUCAGAACAUCUCUUCGAGCUCCCCAGUCUCCAGUCAGUCCACAGAUGUCAGACAUCAUCGCAAGUCCGGUCCACACACAGUGGGAGGAAGUACCAGCAGUGACAGCAGCUUCGAACGCAUUGAGCGACGGUCGAACCCCAGCAACCUGUCCUCGGCGUCGACCCGGGUGACCUCGGUUCAAGAAGAUCUCAGCCUCUCGCUAAAGGCGCACGACUCGAGACCCUCGCAUGAUGGUGGUGUGCGCGAGUCCCCUGACGAUGAGGAUGCAGAAGCUGAAAUUCUUGUACAAACCUAUUCGCAAGAGCUUGUCUUUAACCGAGAAGGCAUCAUUGUUGGAGGCACACUCAACGCGUUGGUGGAGAAGCUGACUGCCCCUGACUCGGCCCCCGACAUGUCUUUUGUCACCACAAUUUACCUCACUUUCCGCUUAUUUGCGACUCCGGUAAACUUUGCUCGAUCCCUGAUCUAUCGCUUUGAAUAUGUUGGCGAAAACUUGAGCAUAGCAGGCCCCGUCCGACUCCGCGUGUACAAUGUCUUCAAAGGGUGGAUGGAGUCUCACUGGCGGCACGAUUGUGAUGACACAGCACUCCCGGUCAUUGUCGGCUUCGCGAGAGAGUCACUCACUGUUGUAUUGCCAAUGGCCGGUAACAGAAUCCUUGAACUGGCGGAAAAGGUUGCCACUAGUCAUGCCCCAAUCGUUCCGAGAGUAUUGUCCGCUAUUGGAAAGACGAGCACAUCCACCGCGGCCUAUAUCGACCCGAGCACUCCACUACCAAAUCCUGUCAUUUCGAAGAGCCAGCUCACUGCGUUAAGAGCUUGGAAAAUGGGUGGCCCGUCAGUUUCCAUCCUCGACUUCGACCCUCUGGAACUCGCCCGUCAGAUCACGUUGAAGACUUCCAAGAUCUUUUGCUCGAUCCUUCCCGAAGAGCUUCUAGGAACGGAAUGGACCAAACGCAGCAGUUCUCUAGCCGUGAAUGUGCGCGCCAUGUCGACUCUGUCCACCGACAUCUCAAACCUCGUCUCCGAUUCCGUUCUUCAACUCGAAGAACCAAAAAAGCGAGCUGCGAUCGUCAAGCAAUGGGUCAAGAUUGCCAACAAAUGCUUGGACUUGCGCAAUUUUGACACAGUCAUGGCGAUCGUCUGCGCACUGGAUUCGACCAACAUCAAGAGAAUGAAGAAGACGUGGGAAUGCGUACCUCAGAAGACCAAGUCAAUUUUUGACGAGAUGUGCAAGAUGGUUGAUGUGGCGCGAAACUAUGCUGUUCUGCGUCAACGUAUUCAAUCUCAACUCCCGCCUUGUCUCCCUUUCAUCGGCGUAUACUUGACAGACCUUACGAUGGUGGAUUCCGCCAAUCCAUCUACGAGGCCGCUUUCGACAGAUGGUGGUCAGGCAUCGGUCAUCAAUCUGGACAAGCACAUGAAGACGGCGAAGAUCAUAUCCGAAUUGCAAAAGUUCCAGAUCCCGUACCGCUUCGCCGAAGUCUCUGAACUCCAGACAUGGAUGCAAGACCAACUUAUUCGAGUCAGAUCCGCAGGAGACAAGAGUUUCCAGCUUCACUAUCGACGUUCAUUGAUCUUAGAGCCCAGAGAACCCAGCAGGAGUCCAAAUCCUGAGACAGCAACCGGAAAAGACAGGGAAAGGUUCGACUUCUUUACAUGGGCACACCUGGGCACAAAGGAGAAGUCGGUUUCGGUAUCUAGUUGA